AUGGCCCCGGAUUCUGUGCGAGCUCCUGCUGUAAAUCGAGAAGAUUGGGUAGAUGGCCAUGUUCAAGAAUGGCACACAGAGAGGAUUACGCUGGCAACCGUGUCAGGCGAUACUAGUGAAUACGUUGAAUACGAGACGGUAUUCCCGGCAAACCUUUAUGACCCUCGAGACUGUCGGAUGUGGUACGUGCAAUCUUUACGGAUGAAUCCUGUAGAUGCGGAUAAGGAUGACCUUCGCGAACAGCUUGUACAGAACGCUCAACAAACAUAUCAGACGGUAGUUCCGAAUGUUCCCUCGACCAACUUUUUCAUAAACAGGUAG